CGGUCCGGAGUCAACCCAGCACGCACCCGCAGCCAUUACGAUUGCGCCGUUGCAUUUCUGCCCGGUCUGUCACUCCGAAGUACACAUUCCAAGUGCUGGGUCACCUCCUCCCGACACUGUGCCGUGGUGAGUCGCCGUUAAGUUGUUAAGUGUAUUCCAACCGACUAAAUUUAAUUAAAUAAAAUGUUCGCCUGCGCUAGAUUGAUCGCCCCCGCCGCCAGGAGCGCCCUUAUUUCAAACUCUAAAGUAUACUUAAGGCCAUUGAGCACCGCCCUCAGCCAAAACCCAUCAUUAGUCCAGAGUCCUGUCGUUCAGCAACACAAACAAGCCACACUUCUCCCAGCAGUGAGGAGUUUCCAGACCACCCCAGUGUCCAGGGACAUCGAUUCAGCUGCUAAAUUUAUUGGUGCAGGCGCUGCCACAGUAGGAGUAGCUGGAUCAGGAGCUGGGAUUGGAACAGUGUUCGGUUCCCUUAUCAUCGGCUAUGCCAGAAACCCCAGCCUCAAACAGCAACUUUUCUCAUACGCUAUUUUGGGUUUUGCCCUGUCUGAAGCUAUGGGUCUCUUCUGUCUUAUGAUGGCGUUCUUGUUAUUGUUCGCCUUCUAAAACACUGCCAAGGGAGCAAAGAGAUUUUACCAUCAAUUCCAAAACGUUGCAUCAACAUCAUGUAACUUCACACGUUUUAAAUUCAUUCAAGCAAUAGGACAUUUUUUUAUGUAGAUUACUCUUAUUAAAUGUAUGGCGGACACGUCAUUUCUUGCACUGGAUCCAGUGACUUUGGGCUUACGCAUUAUGGGUUCCUCAUAUGUUUAAUAGAGUCUGUUGAUCCAUAUGUCAUGUAAUCUAAGUAAAAGUGGCACUAUUGCAUAUUGUACAGCGUUAGAAAUUAAUAAAUAACUCCUUAGUUGCGAUUUUUGUCAAUUAAGGCUAUAUUGGUUCUUUUUUUAAAACGACCUUGUCCUUACAGUCAGUACUAUGUUAUUAAGUUAUUUAAAAAUAAAUUGUUUCCAUUA